GGGUUUGUUCCACAAUUCAUGCGCCGAGUUGCCCUUGGAAAUCAAGCACCCAUUUCACUCCUUGCAUCCUCUCGUCCUCUCUCAGCCACUAAAGAAUCAUUUUUAUAACUGCGGUGUCUGUCACCAGGAGCUGCACCGUUUAAACUACCUCUGCUCUAAGUGUAGGUUUGUGUUAGACGUUAAUUGUGCUCGUCUGAAACCAGAACAAGGUCAGAUUCAACAAUUCAGGCACCCUCAUCCCUUGAUUUUCUGCAACAACAAAGAAAAUUUUCCUUGUACCUGCUAUGCAUGCGACCUCCCCUUGGUGGAUUCCAUAUAUUUUUGUCCAGAAUGCUCUGCCCUACUCCACAAAUCGUGUGCUGAUCUGCCUCGGGAAAUUGAGCACCUCCUUCACCCUCACCAUACUCUCACCCUCAACUAUCGUUGGAGAACCGGACAUACAGUUGACCCGUGUUGUAAUGCAUGGAGUACCGACCAUUGUUGUAAUGCAUGUUGUAAUGCAUGGAGUACCGACCCGUAUUGUAAUGCAUGUUUAGGCACUUGUCAUGGUUUUUUCUAUAAAUGUUGCCAUUGCGAAUGGUACAUGGACGUUAGAUGUGCCUGUUUGCCAAAGUCCACUAUUUUGAGGUGGUCUAAAAUUCACCACCACCCUCUUGCUUUGAUCUUCCGCACUGAAAAUGUUUGUUGGAGUUGCAAUAUCCGCGACAAGUUCAUCAAUAACCCUUUCUUCCGUUGUCUGUCGUGUAAAUUCAAGCUACAUGUCCAUUGUAUUUCACGAUUACCGCCUACCCUCAAAUACCAUGAUCAUGUCCAUUCCCUUACCUUUACCAAUUGUCCAAUCAAAGAUCAUCCCGAUGAAGAUAACAAUGCAGAGUUUUACUGUGAUGCUUGUGAAAAAAGAAGGGAUCUAGCGCAACCAACUUACUAUUGUAAGGUUGGAUGCCAGUUUGUUGCUCAUCCUCAAUGCGUGGUAUCUGAGAUCAUACAAAUUUUAGAAGAAGAUUGGUUGAAGCAUGAAAAUGUUGAGGAGUCACCUGUACUAACAUUGAAGGAAUUUUUAGAUUCAUUUACAGAAGAUGAGAACAAAGAAGUACAAGGCCUUUUCAAAGAAUAUAGAUGGGAUGGAGAAAGUGGCAUCCUUCCAAGAAUCUUGGGUUUUGGGGAUAGCUACGCACAUUUAGACAAGGUUUCUACGUGGAUUCUGAAAAAGUAUGUUUCUAGAGUUGAAGUCGCAAUGCCUUGGGAAAAAUGGGAUACAACAUCAAAGGUUAUUAAGGAUGGACACUUCAUGAUUUUGGAGAACCAGAUCUCCAUCCUAAAAGCCUUGUUUUCCAAGUACAAGGGUUUCAGUAUUGGAUCGAGACUUAGUACAAAGGCAACGAUGUUAUUCGUAAUGACAGUAUGUGAAGCUCUACACAGCAUGUGCAACACUAAGGUCAUGGACAUAACUACAAGUCUACUUUUGACUUGGUUUAACUCCUUUGCUUUUGCUCAAUAUGCAGGCUUCGAAAUUCUUUUUGUAACUGAUCAUUUGAUAAAACUGGUGCGUGCUCAUUUUGGUUUCCAAGUUGGUCAUGAUGUUCUUGUAGACCUUAGCCUUGCUGAAUGCAAUGUCCAGAUCACAAAGCAACACACAGGCAUAGAUUCUAAAGAUAUUGCCAUUAUUGAAGAAGAUGAAGAAAGCGUAGAUUCUGAAGAACUCGCCAUUAUUGAAGAAGACAAAGAAAUUGUAGAUUCUGAAGAACUCAUCAUUAUUGAAGAAGAUGAAGAAAUUUUAGAUUCUGAAGAGCUCACCAUUAUUGAAGACGAAGAAACUCAUUAUCUCUAGGGGAAGGUAGAUUCUAUGCAACUAACCAUUAUCAAACUGGAUGAAGCUAUUAAAGAGCUUGAAAAGAAGAAACAAGCACUUUUGAAGAAACGCGAGGGUUGGUGCAUAAGAAAGGAGUGCUUGAUUGAUGCUUUAGAACUCGAGGGACAGAUGGCAGGCACAAGCUUGUUGUGAUGUUCAACAAAGGGUCUACUAGUACUACCAUUAUUGCAGUAGUUUUGUAGUCCGUGGCUUUUGUGUUGAUUUUGACAAUGUCAUUUGAUAGGAAUUAUUGAUGUAUUUCGAGAUAAUGCCAUUUGUGAGA